GGGGAGGGGGAAGAUGGAGGGGAGUGGGGUGCCGGAGUGGUUGAUGGAAGGUUUUUGAUGGGGGAUGUGCAUAUUGAGUGUGGGAGGUUGGAUAUCAAGUGGGAGACGCAGAUGGAUGCGCAAGAGCAGGUUAGGCGUGUUGAUGCUGUGGGGGUGGGUGGUGAGUGCGAGGGUGAGGGUCAGGGUCCGAGUGCGAAACCGAGUGCGAGUGCGAGAAAAAGUAGGCGGAGCUGGUUGUGACUUUGGGCUUUGAUGAUUGAUGACCGUAGGGACAAGGGUAACAGCACUGUUAAUGAAUUAUGAAUACAAUACUAUGGAAAUCCCUCCGAGAUAAUAUAAUGGAUUUGUUUGCUUGGGGAACGUUGAAUAAGUGCGAAAGGCUGCUUGAAAGAAUGGAAGGUGAUGACAACAAACAAGCUUAGCGAGAGCAGGAGGGAGGCGGGAGUGCUGAUAUCCAACCACAGCGCAAGGCGGUACGGCCCAUAUCCUCAUGUCCAUGUGCACGCCAACGACCCUCGCAACUUCUCUCCCAAGCACGUGAGAAUUAAUUUUGGUAAAUCAGCGUUUCUCCUUGUCAUCCGAAGAAAGAAAGUACUAUUUAUCAGCACAUCGAUCCGUACCUACCUACCAUCAGCUGUUGUAGACCGACAUUAUUUAGACGACAGCCUGGCCUGCGCCCUCCGGAUCAAGGAUGGGAUGGUAGCCGAGUGUACACUGUACAGUAGGGAACUGGAUAUCCCGUUCCCGUGAGUACUGUACCUACUUGCUAGGGACGUGGAUCUUCUUCGGCGAUACUUUAAGAUCGCUACAGUAAUGAAUUCUCCAGAGGUUCUCUAUAGUCUACUACGUCUUUAUAGCGAUUUUGCUGAGCAAGCGAGUAAGCAAGCAAGCGGGCAGGCCUCUUGGCAUGGGUUUUUUGAGGUCUUGAUAGAUAUCCAUGGGAAAAACAAAGACAUACCUACCGAGGUAUUCUUUCAACGUCCAGACCCCCUGCGUCGUCAGCCAAGACCAAACCCAGUAUGAAGAUCUAUCUACUUAUCUACCCAACAGGUCCUACAGUAGAAGCGUACCGGGAUUCCGGGUCCGUUUCUCUACAGUAGGUACAGUAGUACAGUAUCUGAAUGGCAGAAUACCUAGCCGAUCUCGAGAGCCCUAGAGUACGAUUUCGUCACAACUUGCCUCCUCUGUCAUUAACCUUAAGCUUGAAAUCUUCAUUUCCAUCUCCCUACUACUGUACUAGUCCCUAGGGAACCUUAUCUCCGAAUAAUGGAAGUGGAAGCUCCAGACCCGGACUGGUGGGUCGAGCUAAAUCGCGGGUUGACGUCUGGCCUUUUUUUUUUUGACUACACUAGUAAGUGAAGUUGAGGAUGAAGCUCGACUGGACUGGACUGGACCACUCGAGUUCGGAUGGCUGCGAGAGCUCCCGUCUCCCGGGCUUGCUCGGAUCCCGGAACGUACAGCAUCCGGGCUCAAGUUGAACGCACAAGUGCUGCACCAACCACGACAGUAUUAUUGCAGUUGGCUGCAGGCAGCCUUGCUGCACAACUUGCACAAAUCUCCGCCUUGCCUCUUCUUGUCCCCCAUCAUCUAGCCGUUUGCUCCCCUUUUAUUGGUGCUCAGCAACGAGCCAAGCCCACAAGGCUAUAUUUCGGGUCCCCAUUCAACCACAUCCGCUGUACAGUAAUAAUGCAAUGCCUGCAGUGGAGAAUUCAGGAGGAACGAUGAGCCGCUGACGAUCGCCAAGGGCUUCUGUUGUGCCCAGUGCCCCUACUCCCUCCCUACUCGAGCUAACUCGAGCACACCUCGCGUCGUAUUUUCGUGUUCGGCUGCACCAGAAACGGAGUCUAAUCCAAUCCAAUCCAAUCCAAUCCAAUCCGAUGCAAUCUUUUAUUUUGAUUGAUUGAUUGACUGACUGACUGACUGACUACGCCAGAAAGACAGUAACCUAGUGCUUGGGUUGAAUCGGUCUGGGUCUUGGACUUCUGCUUUAUAUUUCUUUCGCAUUCGCCUUCUUUUCUUGCGAAACUUUACUUUGAUUUCAUUAUUCCUCUGCACUCCCUGUUCAUCUUCACAUCUCCAGGAUCAGGAUUCCCUUCGACAAACAAACAAAAUAAACCAAGACAGGACGAAACGAAACAUCAGUCUGGUCUCAUCUCCUGCGCAGAAAAGCCAAUUCGCAUUUUCUGUUUCUGUUCAAAUCCUUACGGCGCACUGCGCAAUUCAUACGAAUAUCUUCGCACUCGUACUGGGUUCGCCCACCCCUCCACCACCAUGUCGCUCGUCGGCAACAUCGCAUUCCACAACGACGACAGAACCUCCACCCAGCAAGGAAUCGGAAGUCCAGGCCAAUUCAGCCCUCGCCAUGACCACUCCGACGAGUCCUCGUACCCAAUUGGGGAGAGCGAGAAGACCCCCAACCAGAUAGCCGACAGCGAAGGCACAACCCUCACGCGACAACAGACACUCGAUCAGAUCGAGGACCAGAGAAGAGAUGGCGAGGUGCACGAAUUAGCUAGGAAAUUCACAACUCAAUCGCAUCAGAGCAUCUACAACGAGAAUCCAUUCGAGUCGCCCGAAGACUCGCGCCUCAAUCCCAACUCGCCGAAUUUCAGCCCCAGAGCCUUCUCCAAGUCGCUGCUGAAUCUGCAAGCGCGCGAUCCGGAGAAGUGGAAACUGAGGACUGCUGGGUUCGCGUACAGAGAUUUGAAUGUGUAUGGGUUUGGUUCGGCGACGGAUUACCAGAAGAGUGUGGGAAAUGUUAUCCUCGAGGUUGUUGGUGCUGUGAAGAAGCUUAUUGGUAGUGCGAAACCAAGGAAGAUUGAUAUCCUACAAAACCUGGACGGUGUUGUGCAUAAUGGAGAAAUGCUGGUGGUUCUUGGGCCUCCUGGCAGUGGAUGUUCAACAUUCCUGAAAACGAUUGCCGGCGAGACCAAUGGAUUCUUCAUCGACGAGAAAUCCAGAAUCAAUUACCAGGGUAUCACACCAGAGCAGAUGCACAAGGAUUUCCGCGGUGAAGCUAUCUACACAGCUGAAGUGGAUGUCCAUUUCCCCAUGCUGACAGUCGGACAAACCCUCGAAUUCGCCGCCCAAGCCAGAGCUCCCAGACAUAUCCCAGGAGGCAUCACCCGCCAAGAAUUCGCACGAUAUCUCCGAGACGUAAUUAUGGCCGUUUUUGGCAUCAGCCACACGAUCAAUACCCGUGUUGGAAACGAUUUCCUGAGAGGCGUUUCUGGAGGAGAGAGAAAGCGCGUGACAAUUGCUGAGGCUGCCCUCAGUGGAGCGCCGCUUCAAUGCUGGGAUAAUAGUACCCGUGGUCUGGACAGUGCUAAUGCAAUUGAGUUCUGUAAGACCUUGCGAUCGUCUACGGAUCUCGUGGGGUCAACUGCAUGUGUUGCCAUCUACCAGGCUCCGCAGAGUGCCUAUGAUAUCUUCGACAAAGUCCUGGUUCUGUACGAAGGCCGACAGAUCUAUUUCGGACGAUGCACAGAUGCCCAAGCAUAUUUUGAGAACCUCGGCUUCGACUGCCCCGACCGCCAAACCACCGCCGAUUUCCUCACCUCCAUGACCAGUCCCUUAGAAAGAGUCGUACGGAAAGGUUUCGAGAACAAAGUACCCCGCACACCCGACGAUUUCGCCGCUGUUUGGAAGAGCAGUCCCGAACGAGCUGCUUUGAUCAAGGAGGUGGAUAACUACAACGAGCAGUACCAACCAAAUGGCCAGCAUCUUCAGGAAUUCAAGGAAUCGCGCCGGGCUCAGCAGUCGAAGCAUCAGCGUGUUACGAGUCCGUACACGCUUUCGUAUGUUGGACAAGUGGCUCUGUGUCUUCGUCGUGGUUUCUGGAGAUUGAAAGGAGAUCCCAGCUUGACUUUCACUCAGCUUUUUGGAAAUUUCUUGAUGGCUCUUGUUAUCAGCAGUGUCUUCUAUAAUCUACCACAGACGACCGACUCGUUCUUCUCUAGAAGUGCGAUUUUGUUCUUCUCUAUCUUACUUAAUGCCUUUGGUUCUGCUCUCGAGAUCUUGACACUCUACGCACAACGUCCCAUUGUAGAGAAACACUCCAGAUACGCCCUGUACCACCCUUCAUGUGAAGCAAUCGCCUCCAUGCUAACGGAUAUGCCGUACAAAAUACUCAACGCAAUCGUUUUCAACACCACGCUCUACUUCAUGGUCAAUCUGAACCGACAGCCCGGCAACUUCUUCUUCUUCGUCUUGAUCUCCUUCAUGCUGACCAUGGUCAUGUCCAUGCUGUUCCGGACGAUCGCAUCUGUCUCCCGUACUCUGUCCCAGGCAAUGGCUCCAGCUGCUGUUCUGAUCCUGGCUAUCGUGAUCUAUACCGGCUUCGCACUUCCGGUACCGAAUAUGCGAGGCUGGGCUAGAUGGAUCAAUUACCUUGAUCCUGUGGCUUAUGGCUUUGAGUCGCUUAUGAUUAAUGAGUUUGUUGGACAGAAUUACACUUGCCUACCGACAUCUUUCAUUCCAAGCGGACCUGGAUACGAGAACGUGGCGCCUUUAGAGCAGAUUUGCACUGCUGUCGGAGCUGUGCCGGGAUUGAGUGUUGUUGAAGGUGCUGCUUACAUCGGACAAUCCUACCAGUACUAUGCAUCCCACAAGUGGAGAAACUUCGGAAUCCUCUGGGUCUUCCUCGUCGGUCUCUGCACAGUAUAUCUCGUCGCAACGGAAUACAUCACCGCCAAGAAAUCCAAGGGCGAAGUCCUUCUCUUCCGCCGUGGUCAUAAGCCAGCUGUUCUGUCCAAGCGAGGCGGUAGCGAUGAGGAGCUUGGCCCUGUGAAGAGUUCUGGUGUUGAAAAGACGUCUACUAAUGUUGAUGUGUCUACUAUUUUGAAGAGACAGACUGCUGUUUUCCACUGGGAGGAUGUUUGUUAUGAUAUCAAGAUCAAGGGUGAACCUAGACGGAUUUUGGAUCAUGUUGAUGGAUGGGUUAAGCCUGGAACUUUGACUGCGCUCAUGGGUGUCUCCGGUGCAGGCAAAACUACACUUCUCGACGUCCUGGCUACUCGCACUACCAUGGGUGUCAUCACCGGUGGUAUGCUCGUGGACGGCCGAGAACGCGACGAUUCCUUCCAACGCAAAACCGGAUACGUACAACAGCAAGAUCUCCAUUUAUCCACCUCGACAGUCCGUGAAGCUUUGAACUUCAGCGCUCUUCUCAGACGGCCGGCCAAGAUCCCUCGACAGGAGAAACUCGAGUAUGUUAAUGAGGUUAUUAAGCUGCUUGAUAUGGAGGAGUAUGCCGAUGCCGUUGUUGGUGUUCCGGGAGAAGGUCUCAAUGUCGAGCAACGUAAGCGAUUGACUAUUGGUGUUGAGUUGGCUGCUAAACCUGAGCUACUCCUGUUCUUGGAUGAACCUACUUCUGGUCUUGAUUCUCAGACGUCCUGGGCUAUUUGCGAUCUGAUGGAGAAACUUACCAAGAAUGGUCAAGCUGUCCUCUGCACUAUUCAUCAACCAUCCGCAAUGCUCUUCCAACGCUUCGAUCGACUUCUCUUCCUCGCCAAAGGUGGCAAGACUGUCUACUUCGGUGAAGUCGGAGAGGGCUCCCAUAUCCUGACCUCAUACUUUGAACGCAUUUCUGGAAUCUCUUGCCCACCUGACGCUAACCCUGCAGAAUGGAUGCUAGAAGUCAUUGGUGCUGCACCAGGCUCGCAUACCAACAUUGACUGGUACGAUGCAUGGCGAUCAUCUCCUGAAUACCAAGAAGUCCACCGCGAGCUCGAUCGUCUGAAGGAGGAACUACCAAAGAUCACUAAACCAACAAGCACCGACGAUAAGGCUUCAUUCCGCGAAUUUGCUGCCCCGUUCAUGGUUCAGCAAACCGAGGUUCAGAAGCGUGUCUUCCAGCAAUACUGGCGUACCCCAUCGUACAUUUACUCCAAGGUCCUCCUCUGCGUCGCUUCCGCCCUAUUCAUCGGAUUCUCAUUCUUCAACGCCGGGACCUCCCAACAAGAACUACAAAACCAAAUGUUCGCCAUCUUCAUGCUCUUCACCAUCUUCGGACAACUAGUCCAACAAAUCAUGCCCCACUUCGUAACCCAACGCUCACUAUACGAAGCUCGCGAACGACCCUCAAAAACCUACUCCUGGAAAGCCUUUAUGAUAUCCAACAUUAUUGUCGAGCUCCCCUGGAACUCACUCAUGGCCGUCCUCAUCUUCAUCUGCUGGUACUACCCCAUCGGGCUGUACAAAAACGCCGAGCCCACCAGCGCCGUCACCUCGCGCGGCGGCCUGAUGUUCCUCCUCAUCUGGACCUUCCUCCUCUUCACAUCGACUUUCACUACCAUGGUCAUCGCGGCCAUCGAAACAGCCGAGACGGGCGGCAACAUCGCCAACCUGAUGUUCUCCCUCACCCUCGUCUUCUGCGGCGUCCUCGCCUCGCCCAACGUCUUCCCCCGCUUCUGGAUCUUCAUGUACCGCCUCAGCCCCUUCACCUACCUCGUCGACAGCAUGCUCUCCGUCGGCAUAGCCGGCACGCGCGUCGUCUGCUCCGCGACCGAACUCCGCCGCUUCAACGCCCCGGCGAGACUCACCUGCGGGGAGUACAUGAGUGCUUGGAUCAGUACCCAGAUGAGGGGUGGGUAUCUUGAAGAUCCCGCCGCCAGGGGCGAGUGUGGCUUUUGCGCGCUGGAUAGUACGGACCAGUUCCUUGCGGCGCUGGGGAGUAGCUAUGGGAAUCGGUGGAGGAAUUUUGGCCUGAUGUGGGUUUAUAUUGUGUUUAAUGCGGGGGCGGCGGUUGCGCUUUAUUGGCUUGUUAGGGUGCCUAAGAAGGCGAAGAGGGGGAAGGUGGAGGGGGAGGGGAAGGUGGAGGGGAAAGGAAAGGGAGGAGAGGGAGAGGGGAAGAAGGAUGGGGAGGGAGAGGUGAAGAAGGGGGAGCGAGAGCGGAAGAAGGAAUACGUAAUCGGCUGAGUUGUUGUAUGAGACAAGGGGCGAGGUCGGAAGUCAAGGGAAGGGAAAUGAAGAGAAUGGCUUGACGACUGUAUAUAUAUAAUACUAAUUCUAUCUCAUCCGAUCUCAUCCUAUCCGAACCGAUCCUUUCCCACUAUUGCAUUUCCGGCGUUUACAUUUCCUUUCCUUCUCUUUCGAGAUAAAGAAGCGUUGGGUUCAGUUGGGUUCAGUUGGGGUCAUAGUAUACAGUACAGU